AAGGAAAAGCUACCGCUCACUCGAGUGUUUUGUCAGUCUGUGUCACUCGAAUUUAUGUCCGUUCGAUUUGUUUAUGGCUUUCGAUCUGAUUAAUCCCCCGACGCCUUGUGUUUUUGUUUUCUUCUGCUGCUUACAUGUGGGCCCACCUUGUUGCAGUCACAUUUGUAUUUCGGGAGCCGCACCCUUUACCUUUCCCCUCCCGCGGAUUCAUUUCGUCGCGUCCUCCAUUUUUUUAUCUCGGGCGGAGCUCUCCAGGUGCGGCGAUUCGUACUGGCAGUGGUACUGGCAAGGAGAAGGCGUGGAUCAGCGGCGCCGGGAGGUCGUCGUCAUUGUCGGGGAGGAAGAAGGUGAGCAGGCCGUGGUUCGCGUUCCAGACGCGGAGCGCCAACGACAUCCUGGACGACGGCUACCGGUGGAGGAAGUACAACGCCCACCCCAGCUUUUUGAGGUUAGCACAGUGGAAUUCCCAGAUAGCAUUAAGAAAGACUAAAAAGAAGAUACCAGCAUUGAAGAUGAUUGCAAUUCUGGGAACACCACAGGAGUCCACAUUAAUUGGAUAAAAAACCGUGGUUGAGCAUAGCUGUGGCCAAAAGGAGCCAUGGUGCCCCAUUCCCCAAACAAAACAAGUGAACAACCUGGUGUAUUAGCUCAUUCACAUAAAUGCUCAAACAGCCAUUUCAUAAGCAAAUACAUAAGCUUGUUCAUGCUAGAACGACCACAUGAGCUCAACAGCUGCCAGCUAUAUUACUCGGAUACUGGUACGGGUAUCGGAUACGCGGAUACGCACUUCCUAAAAAAACACCGAUACGGGGAUACGGCUAGAAUAA